UGCUUCUUCUCGUGUUCUUCCACGUGUGUCUUUCAAAGUAAUCGACAAAAGUUCCGUUGUUUGUUAAAAUUUGAUUCUUACUUGAGAUAAUUCAAUUAGUUGUUUCUUGUGCGUCUUGAACCCUGGUCGUCCCUCAUUGGAAAACUUCUCCCUGAAGGAGCACAAAGUCUGGAAUAACAAACGAUUCGAUCAUGCCGAACAAUUGGCCACUUCUUUAGCCGUGAAACAGAAAGCGAACAACAGGGGAGGGCGUCGGAUGCUGUGCGUUCUUUGCUACCCUUUAAGUUGCUCGAGGCCUUUUGAAGAACUGAUUUAAGUUGAAAAAAAAAAAAAAAGAGAACAGAAUGGAGGACGCCGUCGAGGACAAGAAGAAGGCCCAUCGUGAACGCCGCGCUGGGCGCAAGGCGGAUAAGAAGAAAGCCAAGGAUCCUCAUGUACAAGAGAUGGAUGCUCGUCAGCGCAACCCUAAAGCCUUCGCCAUCCAGUCUGUAGCCAAGGCUCAAAAACGAUUCCACAGGGCACAAGAUUUGGAAACGAAAAAGCAACAUAUUCCGUUAGUAGACAGAACUCCCCUAGAACCGCCGCCGAUCAUCGUGGCCAUCGUUGGCCCGCCCAAAGUUGGAAAAACCACUCUGCUGCAGGCCCUAAUAAAGAAUUUUACUCGACAAAAUGUCACGUCCAUCCAGGGACCCAUCACCCUCGUUACGGGGAAGAAACGACGGGUGACUUUUAUGGAAUGUAAUAACGACAUCAACUCGAUGAUUGAUAUUGCCAAAGUGGCUGACCUUGUGUUGCUUCUGACUGAUGCAUCGUUCGGCUUUGAAAUGGAAAUUUUCGAAUUUCUAAACAUCUGUCAGGUGCAUGGAUUUCCCCGAGUCAUGGGCGUUCUGACUCAUCUGGACAUGUUCAAAAAUAAUAAACAGCUCAAAAAGACAAAGAAGGUGUUGAAACAUCGAUUUUGGACUGAAGUUUACCAAGGAGCGAAAUUGUUUUACCUUUCCGGUCAACUCCAUGGAACUUAUCCGAAACACGAGGUCAAGAAUCUUGGCCGGUUCAUUUCGGUCAUGAAGUUCCGCCCUCUUUUGUGGAGAACGACUCAUCCCUACGUUAUGGUUGACCGUUUAGAAGACAUGACGCCACCUAAUCGGCUACACGAGAAUCCCAAGUGCAACCGGGACGUCUGCCUUUACGGCUUUGUCCGUGGGGUACACUUGAGAAACCAUUGCCCGGUUCACAUCCCAGGCUGUGGUGAUUUCCGUCUGAAAGACGUGUCGUUUCUACCCGAUCCAUGCCCGCUACCCGACAAAAUGAAAAAACGUUCUCUAGUCGAGAAAGAAAAGCUAAUCUAUGCCCCCAUGUCGGGUGUAGGUGGCAUUAUCUACGACAAGGACUCAAUCUAUAUUGAGCUGGGGGGUAGUCACUCACACACCAAGCAGGAAGAUCCUACAAAUCCUAAAUCAGAAAUGAUUUCAUCGCUGAUGAAGUUGCAAAGGACUUUAGAUGCCCAAAUGUCUGAAUCGAGGGUGGAAGGACCCACUCUAGCUCAGGCAGAUGAUGACGAGGACGAGGAACCGUAUUCCGAUCAGGAGGACGAGGCGGGCGGUAAACCGCGCGAGGAAAUCGUUCAUGACGAAGUGUCUGGGCGGACCAGAAGAAAAGCCGUUUUUAAUGACAAUCUCGAAGAAGAACUAGGUGACGAUGAUGACGAGGAAGAUGAAGAAGAACGGCUGGACGAUGAAGAUUGUGAAGAAGAAUUCGAAGAAAUCAAACUGCGUUCCAUCAAUCCCAAAGAUCGAGAAGAGAAACUGGUUUAUGAAGGGUCUGAAGAGGAAGACGAACUCCCCGCUGUUAAUCCGAAUGCGAUUUCUACCGAAAAAUUGAGUGCUACAGCGAAACUGCGCAAACAGCUUGCCGAAUUUCUCGACGAGGAUGAGAGUGAAGACGAAAGUGAUGGGGACGAUGAAAUGCAAACCAUCAUUGAAGAAAAAGUGGAAGGAGUGGAUGGUCAGUUCCGUCGAGGUGCCGUCAUUUACGAUCUAAACGACGCGGUUGAAGAAACCGCAGAACCCGCGCGGAAGAAACCUAAAACUGGCAAAAAGAAACCGAUUGACAAAGACAUGGAAGUCCACAUGAAAAUCAAGUCGACUCUUGAGGCCCUCAAGAAGCCGAAUCUGGUCAACAAGAAACCACAAGAGCCAAUGGAAAUGGAGGACGAAGAGGAAGAGUCGGAAAAUGAUGAUAUCGACUUGAAAUGGAAAGACAAUCUGGCACAAAAAGCUUCUGAAGCGUUUUAUCAAAGACAAACUGGCAAAGGAAAUUUGCGGAAGUUAGUUUACGGUCCAGAUAUCACAGAAGAGAAAAAUAGCGAUGAGUCGGACGCCGAUGAUGGAGAUGAUGAUCGUCUAGGUGGAUUGUUCAAAAUUGCGUCAGACAAGCGGCGUCACACCCAAAACACUAUAAGCACCAAGGAUAACGUAGACAGCUCAUUCUUCCGUGUUGACAAACUGCAGGAUUGGUCGAAGCCGGAUGUACUUGAUAGUAUCCGCGAUUGCUUCGUCACGGGCAAGUGGAAAGAGGAUGAAGACGCCGAAGAACUGUUGGCCAUGGACGAUCUUGACGAUAUGAAUUCUGAAGGUGAUUUCGAAGACCUAGAAACCGGACAAGUCUCUCAAGCUGGCAAGAAAGACGGUGCUGAGAAGAAAGAUGAAUCGCCAGAAGAGGAGCGCCAAAGGUUAAUCGAGAAGAAACGGAAACUCAAGGAGCAGUUCAAUUCUGAAUACGAUGAAGGCGGUUCCAAGAAAACCAAAACAUAUUAUGAUGACCUUAAAGAAGAGAUGGAUCAACAGGCCAACCUCAAUAAAAGCGAAUUUGAUGGUAUGGAUGACGAAACUCGCAUCCAAUACGAAGGUUUCCGACCAGGAAUGUACGUCCGCAUGGAAAUUGAAGAUGUUCCUUGCGAGUUGCUGACGAAUUUUAAUCCAAUCUACCCGUUGAUCGUUGGAGCUUUAUUGCCAGGCGAAGAAAACAUUGGAUUCGUGCAGGCUCGUCUGAAGAAACAUAGAUGGCAGCGUCGUAUCUUGAAGACGCGAGAUCCCUUGAUCCUGUCCUUGGGCUGGCGCCGAUUUCAAACCAUACCCCUGUACUCUAUACACGAUCAUAACGGACGUCACAGACAGCUUAAGUAUACACCAGAGCAUAUGCACUGUACAGCUUCGUUUUGGGGACCGUUGACACCUCAAGGCACUGGUCUGUUGGCCGUUCAGUCCGUCUCCCAAGUUCAGGCUGGAUUCAGGAUAUCAGCAACAGGCACCAUUCUCGAUUUGGACAAAUCAACUCAGAUUGUCAAGAAACUUAAAUUGGUCGGUACGCCGUUCCAAAUUUACCGCAAAACGGCUUUCAUUGAAGGCAUGUUCUCGUCGACCCUCGAAGUGGCCAAGUUCGAAGGGGCUUCCAUCCGUACGGUCUCCGGCAUUCGCGGUCAAAUUAAAAAAGCCAUUCGCAGUCCGGAAGGAGCGUUCCGUGCGACCUUUGAAGAUAAAAUUAAAUUGAGCGACAUUGUCUUCGUGAGGACGUGGUUCCGGGUUGACGUUCCGGAAUUUUAUACACCCGUAACGUCUCUGCUCUUACCUCCCGACGCCAAGAAUACCUGGUUAGGAAUGAAGACAUUAGGCCAAAUUAAACGUGAACGAAACAUCAAGAACGAGGCCAAUGCCGACAGCAUGUACACGCCCAUCGAGAGGAAGGGUCGCGUCUUCCAGCCACUGGUAAUUCCACGAGCCCUUCAGAGUGCUCUACCUUACAUCAAUCGUCCCAAAGUGAAGAAGGCCGACCAUACGCCGGGAUCCAUCGAAGCUGUUAGAGCCCAACGUCCUGCCGUGGUGUUGGAACCCCGAGAGCAGAAGGUGGCUAAACUAAUGGCCAUGCUCAAGACGCGCUAUGAAGACAGAACAGAUCGUCUCCACGUGGAAGCCGUGGAGAGACUGGCAGCUCACCGUGCUGUGGUCCAAGCCGAGGCACAAAGAAAAAUGAAGAAACAGAAGGAAGCGCGGCAGUCAGUCUCGCGAUUAUUGAGUCGAGCUGAAAUUAUCAAAGAAGCUAAAGCGCGAAAGAGAGGAGGCUCAGGCGGAGGGGAGGACAGUGGAAGGGGUGGAAGAGGUAGAGGGCGGGGCAGAGGUCGAGGAGGGAGAAGGUAGUAACAUUCUGACUUCCUAUGUCGGUAUUCCCCCCAUAUGCGUACAUCUCUGGCCCUGUGUGUAUACUUCAAUCGAUGAAACUCGAUAUAGAGAAUUGACGAGCGGAAUACACUUUCGUUUUCCGACCGUCGGUCGAACCGACCUGAUGACGUCUUUUCCAAAAAUAAAGGGAAUGUUAACGUUA